UACCGAGAGGAUGGAACGCUCCCUCUUUUGUAUGUAAGUCGAGACGCAGAGUUAGUCUUGGCGUAGUCUUGGCUCUGAAGAUUAGCUCCUUCACUUACACAGCAGGACCGCAAUGAGCCAGCCACUAAAACGGACAUUCCAUGGAUGCCUGACAUGCCGCCGAAGAAAGGUGCGGUGUCUGGGCGGGAACCCGUGCCUGAACUGUUCCCGCAUGAGCGUGACCUGCCACAGCUCUUUCGAUACCAACCUCCGCAUCCGCAUCUCGACACCAACAGGCCAGAAAGACUUAGAAGCGAAACCUCCGGCCCAGAAGUCGAGAAAGGCACAGAAACCGGCCAGCCCUGCGGCACCAGCUCCUGUGAUCGUCACUGACAGUAGCGUUCCUCUCGCAACGAGCUGGCCUUCUCCGGACGGGCCUUUCCCACACCAUGCCGCCGUCUUUGACCCCGAACAGUCGAAUUUUGACACCCUCGCCGCCCCUUUAGCAUCCGCCCAGGAAGCAUCGUACCUCAAUCCUUUGCAACACCCGGCAAUAUGGGAUGUGGGCACUUCCCCGCUGGACAGCCAGCCCUUCGAACAUGCUUUCAACCCAUACUUGGAAUCACAACCCGCAACCCCAUUUAUAUGUCCGCCGCUUUCUCUCGAUUCCUCAACCAUGUGGGCACCAGACUUCCAGCAUACCAGUUCACCCUUCGCUUGGAAUGCCGCCUCCUGGAAUAGCCUGGAACAAGAAGAACUGGGUAGGGACUGCCGACUGGCUGGGACGCAGCCGCCACAGGGAGCUGGAUAUCGGGGAUCAAAGGGGUGGUGAUAGGAUGAGUAGGAUGAAGCCCGAAAUUGACUCGCUGUGAUACGCAAAGGAGAAGAAGGCCAUGGCAGGGUAGGAUUUUGCCUGCGGAUCUAACGAGAUCAUGAAUGAAGCAAACGGACGAGGGACUCCGAAGGAGACGAGUGACUAGGAGGAUUGACUUGUGUUGAAUAUGCGAAUAGCAAGGGUGGGAGGCUAGGCAAUAUAUCAUGGAAGAAAUAGGUUAUGAUGUUAGUGAUGGAAUACUCUAGUAGGACCUUGCGGCAACACUGGGUGAAUGGCCGUCAUCAAUUUCAAUCUAGUAACGUGGACGCAGUAUACAGUACGAAAUAAUCCGCAAUUCGACAGUAUUCA